AUGGCCGUAGAGAACAAGAGGAGAUCUGAAAUUAUAAAAAGACAGGCAAACAUAAGGAAGAAGGAAGCAGAGCCAUCCACUCUUGAGAAGUUUAAGCAGACAAUUGCACACUGCAAAAAGGAAUUCAUCCAUGUAAAGCUAUUCCUGAAGAGGUCAAAGAAGCCCAGCAGUGGAGAGUACAGACAAAUGCUUGCAGCGCACACUAAGGGAGUUCUUUUACUUGGAUUCCUUGGGUACAUAAUUACAUUUAUACAUAUACCAAUUAACAAUAUUCUAUUUGGAAUAAAGAAGUGAAUAAAAGG